AUGAUGCUAAGAAGUGUUAUAUUAAUUCUGUGGAUCGGAGUACUUGAAUUAUUAAUCUUAAUUGAUCAAUGUGAGAGCACUCAUGUAACUGGUACUUUCAACACCAACGAAUUUUUCCGCUUUCUCAUAAAGUUCGGGUUUCAACAGACAGAUCGUCACAGACAGCGCGAAUCUUACGGCUAUAUUUUUGGAAAUGUAACGUCGCAGUCAAAUUUGUCAUCCUCAAAGCUGAUAACCUUUGCUGUUUUGGACAGAAACCAUUUUUUGGAGUACUAUGGUAACCGUACUCUUGAAGAUAAAAAUACAGCGUGCAGCAGGAUGUUCAAUACCCUCAAUCAGAGCUCAUAUGACUCACAGUGUAACGUCAAUGGCGAGGAUUUCUUACGGAGAAUACCAUGCCCAAAGGGUCAACUGUGUCCAGAUGAAGACUUACCGUCGAAUGUCAUAAAAAACAACCAAUUUACUUAUGUAAUCCAAGACCUUGGUCAACCGAGAUUUUGGUAUAUAAGCAUCGUAUCGUGUUAUCGUAACAUUAAAACAUGUAAAUGGGAGUGGUUUAACGAGAGCAUAAAUAUCGACUACGAUGUUUGGUUGGUGAAUGGCAAUCCGAAUAACAGCGGAUUCAAUAGUUUGACUUAUCAAUUUUCGUACGACCGGCAAAAUACUAUUGAGUUGUAUUUAUUAUUUUUUUUAUCCUACAUAAUACUAGUACCUCUGCAGUUGUACGCUGUUAGAUUACAAAGACAUCCUGUUACGAGACUUUUUACUGUCAGCUUACUGUUGGAGUUUAUAGCGAUUUGUUUGAUACUAAUUCACGUAUUAAAAUUCGCGUUUGAUGGUAUUGGAUACGAAAAAUUGGAAGUUGCUGGUGAUAUCUUUGAUAUUUUAUCACGAGCAACUUUUAUGUUAUUAUUGUUAUUGUUAGCAAAAGGAUGGGCUGUUACAAGAAUCGAGCUAACGUGGAAGCCGUUGGUAUUUUUAAUAUGGUUUUGUUACGGCGUUGUUCAUAUUCUUCUCUACGUUUGGAAUAUGACUGAAGUUGAUAUUAUUGAAGACAUAGAUGAAUAUCAAACAUGGCCUGGAUGGUUCAUUUUACUAUUUCGGAGUGCGAUAAUGAUAUGGUUCUUAUUAGAACUUCGCAACACUAUGACUUAUGAGCACAAUACUCAGAAAUUAAACUUUCUGCUCCAUUUUGGAGCCUCAGCACUUGUGUGGUUUAUAUAUUUACCGAUAGUUGCAUUGAUUGCACUACAAAUAAGCACACUAUGGAGGUUUAAAUUUCUACUCGGAAUUACAUAUUCAGCAGAUUGUUAUGCGUACUGUGUAAUGACGCAUUUAUUAUGGCCAACACGAAGUGAACAAUAUUUUUUACUAGCACAAGGUGCAGAUAACGGUGAUGAAUUGGAUGAAUUUAAUGAGGCACCGCAUGUAUUAAAUAAUUACGUUGAGCCAUCGGAUCUUACAAAAAUAAUAGCAUAA